UAUCCUUUGAAGGUGAAUCCUAUUACUGUUCUGUUUCACAAAGAGUGAUGCUUGUGUGGGUCAUGCACAUAUUUGUGAGCUUUGUUAGUAUAACUUGUACAUGUUGGUUUGGUGUAUGAGGGUUUGUGUGGUCCUUCGUGAAAGAUUGGUUGAAGUACCUUCCCCCUUUAUGUAGGACAUUUUAUGAGCUUGGGAUGUAUUAGUUUGCAGUAUAUGGCUUCUCUGCUAUUUGUUGAAAAUUUUCAUUAAUUUCACUUUUCAUAAUGGAUAUUUCACUUGGUUUUCAUUGUGGAACGGGGUCAAGGAUUUUGCGAUUAUAAGCGGUACUUAGUUACUGAACAUGCAAAAGCUGGUUCGGAACUGCAACCAUUUCUUUUUUCAUGGGUUACCUUUGUGAGGCUUCUGAUUAUUAUUUUAUUUCAUUGGUUCUUGGCAAUUUUAGUCUGGCUGACGAGCAUCACCUAAUGCUGGGAAGGACAACUAUUUGCGAGGCAUUCUUGGAUAUCCAAGGAUAUGGUUAAAUUACAGUUCAAAUAAUUUUUACUUAUUUAGAUUUCACGGUCAUGUGCUGUACAGACUCAACGGAGUGAAGCUGAGGACUAGAUGCAUUGAUCUGGAGUAGAGUCUGCAGGAACCCGGCAUAGAUCUCCCCUAAUGCUGGGAAGGACAAAAGUUAUUCGUGAAGCAUUCUUGGAUGUCUCAAGUUAAGGUUAUAUAAAUGGGCGGAGUAAGUUGUAAAGUUGCAACUCUUGCACCGGUGGCUUGACUGGUGAGACCAGUUCAUGGGGCAAUAAAAUGCAAGGAAUCGGAAAAGCUUCUACAGGUGCGGCCAAGCUUUUUAUGCAUAGAGGUGUCGAUAGAAUGAUGCUUGCUAAUCAAUAUCCUUUUAGGUUUGGUCUGAUUUGACUAAUCGAUUGAUCCUAUAUAAUGUGAGAUACGAUGAUCGGAUCGGCCAGUUGGCCACAUAUGGUUAUGUGCUCAUUAUAUCUUUUUCUUAUCUGUCAAUUGUACUAUAUCGAAAAUUACUCGUAGUGAGUGAUAAGAUUCUUCAAGAAAGCCUUAUCAAUUGUACAAUAUCUAACUUUGCUCGUGGUGAUGAGGUUGCUUUAAGAAAGCUUGUUGAGGACGGGCAAGGUGAAGUUAGAUCAUUCAACUUGUUGGUGAAGGUGACAUCACAAUCAUGGUCGAGAUCACAGUAUGAAGUUUGAUGCCAAUAAGAUCUCCCAAGGAGUGAGAGCUGCCACAAAUAGGCACUAUCUCUUGCAAAUGGAAAAAAGGUGUGUUUAGUGGGAAGGUAUAUCUGACCAUGCUCCAAUGAAUGACACAUGAAAAGGUAAAAGAAAACGAAGGCCCCACAUAAAAGAGUGCAUGACAAGGUAGGAAUUGAUGCAGCUCUCUCUCGGGUAAUUGCUUACUUAUCCCCUCCAAAAAAAUCAAAAGAGGCAUCAUCAGCUGGUGGUGCUGGUUUCGGUUUAUUUUCAGAUCACUGCAGUAUCUUUGCUCAUCAUCAAAUGGUUGUUGUUGCUGAAGCAAACAUAGGGACCAAAGUAUGACUUGAUUGUUUUCAUAGCCCUUUCUUUUUCUUUUUUAGGGGAAUUAUGCAAUGUAUCCUGUAUCUUAUGGACCAAACUCUAAAGAACUGGUACUCGAUCUGUUGAUCGACUGCAUGUUUCCUGGUUAUUUCCUGUCAAAUGAGGAGCAGCAGCCAAUCAUUCUCAAUUGGAGAACCCGACGAAGCAAUGUAUAAAGCUGCUGCAACAUCUCCGAAGCUUCCACGCUCUCAUCCUCAUGUCCAGGUUUUUGGCUUCUCCUCUCUCGAUUCGUUUGGUUUAUAUCGUCUAGCUAGCUUCGCUGCAGCUACAGCUGCAGCAUCAUCUCUGAAUCCCCUGUCAGUACAUCUCAUGAAGAUUUACAGCAUCCAAAGGUCUGCGCACUUUUGUUGCUAUUGUUUUCUGCCAUCUUCCCAUUUCCAUCAUGGUUGCUCCGUCCUGUCUUUGGGAUGGAGACAACAUGUUCGAUGGAAUGUAUCUACGACCAAGAAAUCAUUCACUUGGUCACAUGAUGUUGAUUAAGCAACAUCGGAUGGUGUUCAUCGUCAAAGUUCAAACUCAAUACAUAAAUAGGAUUCUCAAGUAUCUUUUAAUUGGAUUCGAUGCAGAGUUGGGAUCCCAAUCGAUGAGAUCUUGUCUUUCGGGUAGGGUGGCAUUGAUGGGUUCCUUUCGAAGGUGCUACCCACAGCCUGCUCUUAAUGGAGUAUGAAGAGAAUUAAGUGUGGUUGAGUUCGAUGCAGUCGUGUCACCUGCGGAGAGAUCAACCCAAUUAUCUUAAGUUCUUCUAAUGAAUCGAUCUUACAUCUCUGACGGCGCCACAUGACGGCAGCGCCCCCUGGUCGACACGUGGUUUGUGCCUUUGGAGGCCGAGCCACGCCGCGACGCGUCGCGUCGUCAGAGCCGUACGUUACGGGCACCGGUCCAUCAACCGUCCAUCCCACGCCGUGUAACGCGGCAUGGGUUUGGUCCUCCACAAGACGCCAUUAAUUGUCCGCCAAGGGACGCGUGGCGGCAUCGCAGGAGCUCCUCUCAUCAUCAUCCUGAUCAUCACGACCAUUAAAGCUUGUUAAACAGAGAGAGCGACUCGAAGGUGGGGGAAGGACGGCGGGCGGCAAUGGCAUCGGCAGCGGCCGCGGAGGACGAGAAGAACAGGUGGUUUAGUUAGUUAGUUAAUGAAGGAGGAAGGUGGGCAUAAUUAUAGCGUGCGGCGGAAGGAAAGGGUUGUUGGGCCCACCCGCCCACGUGCGUAUGUUGUGAGCGGGAGGGAAGAGGGUCAGAUGCGCCGGAAGGUGGUUAGUUGGCCCGGUCGGGUUUGGAUUUGGCGAGUAGGUCGAGGAGUCCCGAGCCCGACGCACAAGCCCUUUUGAUGGCUCCUCUCCCUCUCUCUGGGGACAAGACAUCUUGGGACCGAGUUCCGAUAUAUGGUAACGAGGCAUCCCAUGGAACAGAGGAUACCGAGAGAGGGGAACGGGCCGGCGACUUCUUUGCCUCUGAUUCCUUACGAGUCGAUCCAGGGAGGAGGAAGGAUGGAGGAGUUAGCGGCGUCUUUGGACGAGUAUGACAAGUUGGUCAUCCGAAUGAACACCCCCAGAGUGGUGGUGGACAAUGCCGUGUGCCCCACAGCGACGCUGGUGAAGGUGGACAGCGCUCGGGAGCACGGCAUCCUGUUGGAGGCCGUGCGCGUCCUCGCCGACCUCGACCUAGCCGUCCGCAAGGCCUACAUCUCCUCCGACGGCCGCUGGUUCAUGAACGUCUUCCACGUCACCGACCGCUGUGGCCGCAAGCUCGCCGACCGAUCCCUUACCUCCCACCUCGAGCGCUCCCUGUGCGCCUCCCGCCCCGGUGACGACACACAGCCCCCCGCUCUCCUUACGGAGCCUGCCGGCCUCGAAGUCCACGGCCUCACGACUCUCGAACUCGCCGGCGCCGACCGCCCGGGCCUCCUCUCCGAGGUCUUCGCCGUGCUCCGCGACGUCGAGUGCGACGUGGUGGCGGCCAAGGUGUGGACCCACAACGGCCGCGUCGCGUCCCUCAUCACCGUCAGGGAGGGCCGCCCCGACUCGCCCACCGACGCCGACGCCGACGCCACGCUCCGCGCCCGUCGCGUCGAGGCGCGACUCGGGAACGUCCUCAGGGGCGACCACGCCGUCCGCGGCGCGAGGAACGCCACCGCGGUUGCGUCGUCGUCCGCCUCGGCGGCCCAUUCCGACCGCCGGAUGCACCAGCUGAUGUUCGCCGACCGCGACUACGAGCAGACCACCCCCGGCGUCUCUACGCCGGCGCGGUCGGUGGUCUCGGUGCAGAACUGGGUGAACCGCGGGUACUCCAUCGUCAACGUCGAGUGCCGCGACCAGCCGAAGCUCCUUUUCGACGUGAUAUGCACGUUGACGGACAUGGAGUACGUCGUCUUCCACGGCAUCAUCGACACCGACGGCGACAGGGCUCGCCAGGAGUUCUACGUAAGGCAUUUGGACGGAACUCCGAUCAGUUCGGAAGCGGAGCGACAGCGAGUGAUCCAGUGCUUGCAAGCCGCCAUUGAUCGCAGAGCAUGCGAAGGAGCGAUGCUGGAGUUGUGCACAGCGGAUCGAAGAGGUCUGCUCGCGGACGUGACGCAGACGUUCCGCGAGCACGGGCUAUCCGUGACGAGAGCGGAGGUGACCACCAAGGCCGGAAUUGCCAUGGACGUGUUCUACGUGGCCGACACGGCCGGCCACGCCGUCGACCAGAGGACGGUCGACGCUAUCACGGAACGUGUCGGCGUGGAGAGCCUAAAAUUGAGUGAGGAGCGACGGCCGUGGUGCCACCAGAAGUGGCCCACCACCGAGGAGGACAGAGUAGCCAAUGGUGGUGGUGGGGUUGGGCUGUUCUACCUUGGGAGCAUAGUGAAGAGGAACCUCUACAACCUGGGCCUCAUCAGAUCCUGCUCUUAGCAGGGAGCCCAUAGCACGUAGGGGGUUUGCAUGUGUUCUCGCCGCGUAGUAUGUCUGAUCUGGACCUGAGUCUGCACACAAAAGAAAUGGGGGCAUCGGAGAAGGAAAGGACAUCAGAUUGCUGCUCCACAGUGGAGAUCAUAGGUCCCCACAUCACCCGCGCCCCCCUCAUUGAAUUGCCAUUGUCGUGGAUAGGGGAUAGCUGAGAAUGUAGAAGAGAAGAAAGAGUAGAAUGGUUGGUAGAAACAGCCCCACAAAGAAAAAGAGAGAAAAGGUUGGGGGCUUUUAGGGUGUUGGUAGGGUUUGAAUUGGGGCUUGUGAUGGCUAUUUGACAGGUAGGUGGUGGUGGUGGUGGAAACUUCAGCUGCCAGCUAUUGUGGAAGAAAGGGUGUGACUAUUUAUAUGUAUAGUCAUUGUACACAAGAAAACAACUUGAUGUUAGUACUAAUGUUGGGGGGUGUUUCAACCUGUUUGCUCUCUACUUAGCUUUCUUACUCGAAGAGGAUCUCACCUGCACCGUCUGGGUUUCCCCCACCAAGAUCCGCCUGCUACUCCAUUAAAGUAUGUUUUGGGAGCUCAUCUCACCAACUUAGUCCAAUGGAACAACUCACCAGUGGCGAGAAUGACAGGCUCUGCAGACCGGUCGUAAGGCAUGAGAACGUGUGCCUCAUAGUUAAAAUGUGGAGCUUCUCGGGGGACCAUAAACGAUGUGACUUCAAUACUAUCCAUCGCAAGAACAAACAGGAAGACAAUUCUCUUACUAUUUUUCAGAUACUGUCCAUUACACAAACGAUGUAAUUAAUGAGGAUUACCUAAAAGCAAAAAUUAGGUCUAGCAAACUGUAAUGAGAAACUAUGAUACCCACGACUGUAAUCUUCU